CCACACCGGUGGAACCCUUCGCCGCCGCCGCCCCUCCUCCCCUCCCCUCCUCGCCGCGGCGCCCUCCGAUCUCCGCCGCCCACCUCCUCCUCCCUUCCGCCGCCGCCGCCAUGGCUGGGCAGCCCCGCGACCGCGCGUCACGCGCCGGCCGUAAGAACCGCGCCGUGCGUGCGGGCCCUGCCUCCGCCUCCGCCUCCGCCGCGGCGGUGGCUGCGGCGGCGGCCGCCCCGACCGCAUCCGAUCCCGAUCCGUCCGGGGAGGAUGCGGCGCCGUGGGGGCGCGCCUCGGCGGACGAGCUGGAGGAUCGGCUGCUGAGGAGGCUGGAGGAUGCCUACGCGGCGGCGCUGGCCCGCCUCGCCGACCUCGGGUACUGCGAGGAGGCGGCGCUCCACGCCGUGCUCCGCGCGGGCCACUGCUACGGGAAGCUGGGGGAACCCGUGGCCAACAUCGUCGCCAACGCGCGCGUCUUCCUCUCAGACCCCGAUCACGCCGGUGGGGCAGGCGGGUUCGCCGACCUCCGCCGCCUCGAAGAGUACUCCCUCGCGGGGCUCGUCUGCCUCCUCCAGAGCAGCCGCCCCACCCUCUCCCGCGCCGAGGCCAUGUGGUGCCUCCUCUCCUGUGAUCUCCGCCUCGAUCAGGCCAUUUCCAUGGGCGCCAACCUCAACGAGAAGCCUACGCCUGCAAUCGCCUCUGCUGAGAGUGACGAGCUUCCCCCACCCGCCGCUGCAGCCCCGGGGCAGCGUGGUUACUGUCACUACCAUACCACCACAGCCUCCGCUACCCCUGACACCGCGUUGUUUGAUCCUGAUAAUUUCAUGCGACUCGCAAUGCGCCAGGGCCCUGGCAGUGUUUCUGGUGUGAUCUCCUGCAUCAAGACCACCUGGUCAAGGUCCAAUGGUAUCGCAUCGGAUGCGCAGACUAACCAGCCAGUUACAAUGAAGCUCUCCACAGAGGAGAUCAUUGACUCCAUUGUAAAGGAGCUCAAGUUGCUGGACAUUGAUAAGAAAGACGCCCCUGAUGUGAAGCCUGAUCCGAAGAAUGAGAUGGUGCGCGAUCUCAUCAGGCAGACACGGGAGAUGGAGGCGCAACUCAAGGAGCGCAAAGAGUGGGCGCAGCAGAAGGCGAUACAGGCUGCUCGCAAGCUUGGCACUGAUCUCACUGAGCUGCGUGUGCUACGUAUGCAGCAUGAUGAGAACCAGCGGCGCAAGAAGGAUAAGCAGGAAAUGGAAGAUGAGACAAUGAAGCGGCUCACACAACUGGAGAAUGAGCUGAAGAAGAAGAGUGGGCAGCUUGACCGGAGUAAUGCCACAGUGCAGAAACUGGAAAUGGAGAAUGCAGAGAUACGUGCAGAGAUGGAAGCUGCAAAGCUGAGUGCUUCAGAGUCAGAACGGCAAUGCCAGAAGUUGGUAAAGAAAGAGAAGAAGGACAGCAAAAGGCUUGAGAUGUGGGACCGCCAAAAGGCAAAGCUUCAGGAGGACAUUGCUGAAUGCAAGACAAAGAUUACGCAGGUGGACAGGGAACUUGCUGAGAUCAACAAGGCAAUAAGAAAUAUGGAGAUGAAAAUAAGAGAAGACACAAAAGCCAAAGAAGAAAACCUGGCGCUUGCAGAACAGGAGCACGCGAAGCGGGAAUCUGCCAAAGCGAAUGCUGAACGCCGACUGGAAGAAAUACGCCAGAAGACAGAAGUGGAGUCUCGGUGCUUCAAAGAUGAUAUCAAGAGGCUUGAAGAUGAACUAGCCCGUCUACAAAAGUCGAUGGGUGUUAAUCAUCCAACUGUUCCCUCAACCCACCCUCCUGGUGUGGCCGAUCGAAACUCCACGCGGGCGCCAAAGCAGCCCACCAACCAAAGGCCAUCGCCCGCGUCGAACAAGCAGUCGCAAGCGCCUACCCAGAAGACAAGCCGUCGCAGGGACUGCGUGAUCUGCAAGAGGGAGGAGGCGUGCGUGAUCCUGCUUCAGUGCGCCCACCAGGUGCUCUGCGUCGGUUGCAACAAGAGGCAUGAGGAGAAGGGCGUGGCCCGGUGCCCCUGCUGCAAUGCCAAAGUCGAGGAGAGGAUCAGGGUUUUUGGCGCCAGCUCCAACUGAGGGUCACCUGGUGGUGGUGCUGCCGAUUGGGUUUUGGUGCUGAUGCUGCUCUCUGCUAUGCCUACCUGCCUUCUGUUUUUUCUUUCCCCCGGGGUGAGGAGAAGUUUGUGGUUUUGCUUCCUUUACCUCCUUUACUGUGAAGAAUGUCUUAUAGGUCUGCACCUGAGAUGUUUUUACCUUGCUGCUUCAGCUGUUUCAUGGAUGUUAUGCUGAAUGGCGACUCUCUUGGGGUACAUGGGUAUAAUUGAACCUUUUUUUUGGUUAUAGGAAAAACAAACAAACAGCAACUGAUUGGAUACAUGCAACAACAAUGGUACAUUUCCCACCCUAUACAUCUGUCUAGUGGUGGUUAUUUU